AUGAGAUUAUCUUUCGUGUUAAAAAGUCUCAACAGACCCUAUUCUAUUAUAGGAUUAAAUUCCAGUCUUUUUCGCGGAAAUGUUUCUUAUUCGUUCACAUCAUUUCGUUUUCAUUCAUCAAUCCCGUUCACCAAUAAUAUUGGAUACUCCAUAAGUUCCAACAUUACUAAACACGAGGUUAACAAAUUUAAUCGCGGGAUAGCAAGCGUAACUGGCACCGGAGAAAUAUCUAAUGAUGACGAAGUUAGCAAGUCUACAUUUUCUAGGGUUGACAUCCCUAAAGAAGUGAUGAUCGCUCACAGAAAACAUAAAAAGUAUUAUGAGAACAAUUAUACUCUCGGAUACGUUAACUACGAGUUACUAGAAGAUUUCCCCGCGUGGCUUGAGGGAUUGGGAUUGAAACCUAUGGCACCAUAUUUUAAAGACAAAAAAUGGCAAGAUAUAGUUCAAAUGAAACAUCAAGAUCUAAAAUAUCUGGGAAUACACAACAAAUUCAUUAGACACAAGUUAGCAAAGCAUUUUUGGAUUGUCAGGCAAGAUAUGGUAUUUAAAGACGGGAUCAGAUUGCCUCGGUUAGAGAAAGAACCAAACGAUAACUGGAACGGCGCAAAAUUUUCGAUUGACUAUAAUAUAUUGAAAGACGAAGAGUGUUUUCUAAAUUCAAUUGGAUAUGAUUUUGGAGCGUUACUACCUUUAUUUCGUGGUAAAAAAUGGAACGAAAUGAUCGAGUUGAAUAAAGAAGAUAUGAUAAACUUGGGGUUCACUAAUCAGAUCAAGAUGAACAUAAUGUGUUCGGCAUUUAGAAAGUACAAAAAAGCUAUA